AAGUACACUUGUAAUUAAAACGUAUCGAUCAUCGACUCCUUAAAAUACAUUUGUUUGGUUGCAUUUAUUCAUUUUGCGUGCACAGUGAAAAAAGACAACGGGAUUUUGUAUCACUUCUUCAUAUUCAAUUCAUCGCUAAAGCACACAGUCAUAUGUCAUUCAAACGGAUUCAAUGCUUGUAAAGUAAGAACAUUCAUAAUCGGCAACAAAAUCAAUCACACAAUUGUCAUCAAACAACCAUUGUAUUUAGCCAAAAAAAAUGGACUACCAAGAAUAUUGUGUGGUUCGACUGAAUAUGUUGUAAUAUUGCAUCACAUUUUUUGGGUGAAUAAAAAAUAAAAUAAAAAAUUUUGUUGAAAAGAACAAUAAAAUUGUGCAACAAAAUGGAGUCGAGUAAUAUGUUCGCGAAAGGCACCGAAAUUUACAUGAAAUGUUUGUUUGCAUUGCAAGAGCUGAAUCCAUCUGUUGAAGUUACGACGCCGAAUAAUACAAGUACGCCGAGCAGCAUUCCGUAUUAUGUUCCAAAUUACACACAAGUCAGCCAGCAUGUACACAGUCAACCACUCAUGUACGUUCCAAAUCAAUACGCAUUGCAAUCACAAGUGCCGCCAACCUACGAUGGUUCAACGUUUAAGCCAAUGAAUGCAUGGCCACACGAUUACGGAAUGUUUGAAACGCAAAAACCACCAUCAAUUGUAACGGACAAUCGUUAUUAUAAUCGAUAUGAUCAAAAUGUGUACCAAUAUGAUCCGCAGAUGGUAAAUCAGCCGCCACACAUCAACAUGAUGGAAAAUCCAGCAAUGGAACCGAAAUGGCAAUCACAACAAAGCAUGCCAUUGACUUCAGUUCAAAGCACCACAGUUCCAAACACAACGGAUUACAAUGAUGGUUAUCUGGCGACAGCUAAUCAGUAUAUGCCAUCGCAAACUUCGGAUACCAAAAUGAUGCGAUCAUCACCGGUGCCAUUCGAAUUGCCGCAUAACAACGGUCAUCAAACAUUUGAAGAUUUGAAUUGUGCAAAAGAUAAAAAGAAAAUCCGUCGACCAAUGAAUUCAUUUAUGCUUUACGCCAAACGUCAUCGAAAAGAAGUUCAUAAGCUAUAUCCGAUGUGUGACAAUCGAACGGUUUCUAAAAUUCUCAGCGAAACAUGGUACGCAAUGGAGUCGAGUAAAAAGCAAGAAUAUCAUGAUUUGGCCAACGAGAUGCGUCGAAACCAUUUCAAAAUGCAUCCCGAUUACAGAUGGAAAACAACAAGUGAUCACAGUCCGACACAACAAGCGAACGAACGAGCAUUUGAAUGCAAUGCACAGAAUGACACCGCAAAAAUGCAUUCAUUCGAUUAUGGUCAAAAGGAUUUAUCGAGUCCACUCUCUCCAGUCACACCGUCAACGGAAAACUCAUUGAGCCCAUUCGCUUACACUGAUGACACUAAAAAACCGACAAAUGACCCAUUCCCAGUUGAUGCACAGCCAUUUCGUCUUGGUCCAACACCAGCCCAAUUAAAACAAAACAAAUUACAGGCGAAUGCAACAAAUGAUGACGAUAAAAUUGUCGACACAGUACCGAAGGAGCAAAACGAUUGCGACAAAACCAUUGUCACCGAAUUGCCACAGCUACAUCAGUUCGAAAAUCGUUUAUCUUUGCUUCCACAAUUUGAUUUCACAAACUAUCGCAUCAACAGCGAUUGGGAUACAAGUCCAACGUCACCUACACGAUACAAUACGUUCACACGAAAACGAGCUCAGCCAUCAAACGCAUCAGCAACCGAACAACAGUGCGCUAAAAAGCGUCUAAUCGGCGAUCGAUUCUUCGGGCCAGAUUUCAAUGUCAACACAUUCAAAGAUUUGGAUGCGCAUUCGAACAAUUCAUCGCCGGCCACACCAACAUCAGCUGAAGAUUCGCGAAUAAUGCAAGAUCUUAUUUUUAACAAGAGGAAGCGAAUUCUGAUGGAUCAACGGAAGAUGCUCAUAAUGGAUUUAUUCCGAAAAUGCGGCACAUUCUUUCCAGCACCGAAAGAUCUUGAUGACUUUUUGGAAGAGCAUAUGCAUCUGUUUGGAUCCAAGGGUUUCCUGAACAUCAAAAUUCGUGAAUACCGCCAAAAGCAUAUGCAACAUCAAUCACCACAAUAAAUCAUAGAAUAGUUAACACUGUUUCAAUUCGCUUAAAACGCGAUAAUUCUGUAAAACAUUUGUGUCGAUAUUUGCAAAUCAACACCAAGGAAGAUACAUUAUGAUACCGUUAUUACCGUUGUACUGGCAUCAAUAUUAUUAUGUUUAUAUUAUUUUUUUGUUUACAUUUUGCUGAAAGUAAAUUUCCAAAUGUUAUUAGUUGUUUUUUUUUAAAUAUUGAAAUUAAGAAAGUUAGCUAUAAAAAAAAAACAAAAUAGAUCAAAAUGUGCGUCCGUCGUUUUGAUUGUAAAAAAAAUGAAGAUAUUUACCGUGUAUCCUUUGUUAGUUGAAACGAUUACGUUAGUAUUGUUAUUCACGGGUUUAGUUUUGUUUUAGAACAAAUUCAAUUGGUCAAUGAGAGAUGAAUACGAUACUAACGCCAUUGUAGUUCGUUCAUCUCAUUUUCAAUCGUUUAUAUUUUGCAUUGCAAAGUUCAAAAUAAAUCGUACCUCCUUGUUUGA